AUGGCAUGGUUUAGAGCUGGAACAAGCAUAGCAAAACAUGCAAUUAGGAGAACCCUUUCAAAGGGUGGAUCCGCAUGCCUUGUAUCAAGGGCAAGGAUCCUUCCAUCAUCGUCAACAUCACGUAGCAGAAGCUUCCACAGUACGGUUUUCAAAUCAAAGGCACAAGCUGCACCUGUUCCACGUGCGGUUCCUCUUUCAAAGUUAACUGACAGUUUCUUAGAUGGCACGAGCAGUGUGUAUUUGGAAGAACUUCAGAGGGCUUGGGAGGCAGAUCCCAACAGUGUUGAUGAGUCGUGGGAUAAUUUCUUCAGAAACUUUGUGGGGCAGGCCGCAACGUCACCUGGACUUUCUGGUCAGACAAUUCAGGAGAGUAUGAGGUUGUUGUUGCUUGUGAGGGCAUACCAGGUUAAUGGCCACAUGAAGGCCAAGUUGGAUCCCUUGAAUUUGGAAACAAGGGAAAUCCCUGAGGAUUUGGACCCUGCACUCUAUGGCUUCUCUGAGGCUGAUCUUGACAGGGAAUUCUUCCUGGGGGUGUGGAGGAUGGCUGGUUUCUUGUCCGAGAACCGCCCCGUGCAAACCCUUAGAUCCAUUCUGACAAGGCUUGAACAAGCCUAUUGUGGAAGCAUUGGAUAUGAGUAUAUGCACAUUGCAGAUCGGCAUAAGUGCAAUUGGCUUAGGGACAAGAUUGAAACACCCGCCCCUACACAGUUUAAUAGGGAGAGGCGCGAGGCUAUCUUUGAUAGGCUUGCUUGGAGUUCUUUGUUCGAAAAUUUUUUGGCCACCAAGUGGACCUCUGCAAAGAGGUUUGGGCUUGAGGGUGGAGAAACUCUAAUUCCUGGAAUGAAGGAAAUGUUUGAUAGAGCAUCUGAUCUUGGGGUCGAGAGCAUAGUUAUAGGAAUGGCACAUAGGGGGAGGCUGAAUGUUUUGGGAAAUGUGGUUAGGAAACCGCUGCGUCAGAUUUUCUGCGAGUUUAGCGGUGGCCUUCAGCCUGAGGAUGAACUUGGACUCUACACUGGAACUGGUGAUGUUAAAUAUCACCUGGGGACGUCGUAUGAUCGCCCUACUCGGGGUGGCAGAAGGAUUCAUUUGUCUUUGGUCGCAAAUCCUAGUCACUUGGAAGCUGUCAAUCCAGUUGUUGUUGGGAAAACUCGUGCCAAGCAGUAUUACUCAAAUGAUGUGGAUAGAACCAAGAACAUGGGUGUGUUGAUUCAUGGAGAUGGAAGUUUUGCUGGACAGGGUGUAGUCUAUGAAACUCUGCAUUUAAGUGCUCUCCCAAAUUACACCACUGGUGGGACUAUUCACAUUGUGUUUAACAACCAGGUUGCAUUUACAACUGAUCCAACGUCUGGCAGGUCUUCGCAGUAUUGCACUGAUGUUGCCAAGGCUUUGGAUGCUCCCAUCUUUCAUGUGAAUGGCGAUGAUGUGGAAGCAGUUGUUCAUGCCUGUGAACUUGCUGCUGAGUGGCGCCAGACUUUCCACUCCGAUGUGGUUGUCGACUUGGUGUGUUAUCGUCGAUUUGGCCACAAUGAGAUUGAUGAACCAUCUUUCACUCAGCCUAAAAUGUACAAGGUAAUCCGAAGCCAUCCAUCAACUCUUGAGAUCUAUCAGAAGAAGCUUUUGGAAUCAGGGGAGCUGUCACAAGAAGAAAUUGAUCAGAUACACAAGAAGGUCACAUCAAUUCUAAAUGAAGAAUUUUUGGCUAGCAAAGAUUACAUUCCAAAAAGAAGAGAUUGGCUUUCAGCAUAUUGGCUUGGUUUCAAGUCUCCUGAACAGCUUUCACGUAUCCGAAACACUGGUGUGAAACCAGAGAUCUUGAAAAAUGUUGGGAAAGCAAUCACGACCAUCCCUGAAAAUUUCACACCUCAUAGAGCGGUGAAGAGGAUUUAUGAACAACGAGCUCAAAUGAUUGAAACUGGGGAAGAUAUUGACUGGGGAUUUGCAGAGGCACUUGCUUUUGCCACCUUGCUAAUUGAGGGCAACCAUGUUCGAUUAAGUGGUCAGGAUGUUGAAAGAGGAACUUUUAGUCACAGGCAUGCUGUGGUUCACGAUCAGACAACAGGGGAUAAAUAUUGCCCCCUUGACCAUGUUAUAAUGAACCAAGAUGAAGAGAUGUUCACUGUUAGCAAUAGCUCACUUUCCGAGUUUGGUGUUCUUGGAUUUGAAUUGGGUUACUCAAUGGAAAAUCCCAAUUCAUUGAUAAUUUGGGAGGCUCAGUUUGGAGAUUUUGCUAAUGGUGCUCAUGUGAUAUUUGACAACUUCUUGGCUUCUGGUGAGGCUAAGUGGCUCCGUCAGACUGGGCUUGUGGUCUUACUUCCUCAUGGUUAUGAUGGCCAGGGUCCAGAGCAUUCAAGUGCAAGAUUGGAACGCUUUCUUCAGAUGGCUGACGACAACCCUCAUGUUAUCCCUGAGAUGGAUCCAACUCUUCGAAAGCAGAUUCAAGAGUGUAAUUUGCAGAUUGUGAAUGUCACAACUCCUGCUAAUUUUUUCCAUGUUCUAAGGAGGCAGGUACAUAGAGAAUUCCGUAAACCUCUCAUUGUAAUGUCCCCUAAGAACCUGCUUCGUAGUAAGGCUUGUCGAUCAAAUUUAUCUGAGUUUGAUGAUGUUCAAGGCCACCCAGGUUUUGACAAACAGGGAACAAGAUUUAAGCGUCUCAUAAAAGACCCAAACUAUGACACAGAUGUUGAGGGGGGUGUUAGAAGAUUAGUACUUUGCUCCGGAAAGGUUUACUAUGAGCUUGAUGAACAACGAACAAAGGUUGAUGCAAAGGAUGUUGCAAUAUGUAGGGUGGAACAGCUUUGCCCUUUCCCUUAUGACCUUGUCCAACGAGAGCUUAAGCGAUAUCCAAAUGCGGAGGUUGUUUGGUGUCAAGAAGAGCCAAUGAACAUGGGUGGAUACACUUACAUUUUGCCCCGACUUGUAUCUUCAAUGAAAGCUGUGAGUAGAGGAGGUUAUGAUGAUGUGAAAUAUGUUGGUCGUGCUCCAUCUGCAGCCACAGCCACUGGUUUCCUCAAGGUUCACCAGAAAGAGCAGGCUGAGAUUGCUGAGAAAGCCCUUCAACAAGACCCAAUCGACUUCCCUUAUUGA